GGGACCCGAGCGCAGCGCCCCAGGAGGGGCAGACGUACACGGGGACAGACGGAUCUCCCGCCCCGGACCUUAGCGACGGUCGGCGCGGGCCAUGUGGGGACCCGGGGUCACGGCCGAGGGCCUGUCGGUGGCGCCGGCACCGCCGCCGCUCCUGCCGCUGCUGCUGCUGCUGGCGCUGGCGCUGGUGGCUCCCUCGCGGGGCGGCGGGGGCUGCGCGGAGCUGGCGUGCGGCGAGCGGGAGCGCUGCUGCGACGCGGCCAACGCCACCGCGGUGCGCUGCUGCAAACUGCCGCUGCACGCCUUCCUCGACAACGUGGGCUGGUUCGUCCGCAAGCUCUCCGGGCUUCUCAUACUGCUGGUGCUCUUCGCCAUCGGCUACUUCCUGCAGCGCAUCAUCUGCCCCAGCCCACGCAGGUACCCGCGCGGGCAGGCGCGGCCGGGGCCACCGGGGGGCGCCGGGCAGCCGGGGGCCGCUGGGCCCCCCGACGACGACGACGACGACUCUCCCGCGCUACUGCGCGACGAGGCGGCCGCCGGCUCUCAGGAUUCGCUGCUGGACAGUGGCGGCGGGGGCCGGGGUCGGGUAGGCGGCGGGCGCUCGGCCCCAUCCUGCGCCUCGGAGCACGAGCUGCGUGUAGUCUCGCCGGUCUUCCUGCAGCUGCCCAGCUACGAGGAGGUCAAGUACCUGCCAACCUACGAGGAGUCCAUGAGGCUGCAGCAGCUCAGUCCUGGAGAGGUCGUGUUGCCCGUAUCGGUGCUCGGCCGCCCAAGAGGUGGCGGCGCAGGGGAGUCCGACGGCGGCGGCGAGGGCCGCUUCCCGCUCAUCUGAGCGUCCGGGCCGGCGCGAGGACCAUGCGAACAGAGCUGGGCCGUGGGCUCCGGGUGGGACGCAACGGCCGAGGUAGCCUUGGCCGCCGCCAAUUGCCUCAGAGCUCGCCUGUCCCCUGGCGACUGGGAUGGGGCCACGUUACCCCUGCUUCUCCCAGGAUCGUAAGUUUCCCUACGUUUCAUUCGGUUCAAGGAAACGUUAGGCACGUGCGGCGGGGGAGACAGCAGACGAGCACGGAGCGCAACUUUGGAGGACGUCCCCGCCUCAGCCUCGCCUCUGAUUGUGUUCACUCAUAAGUGCCUGCUUCCCGAGUCAGAGAACGCAUGAGCUUCGGGAAAAGGGCAGGAACCUUUGGGAAAGAGGGGAAAGGGACGCAGUUCCACUCCUUUCCCUCCCGCCUGGACAGGUCACGGUCUCCCAGGAUGGGCGGAGGGCGAGGAGGCGAGCCGCGACUGGAGACUCCUGCGCACUGGGAGAGUCUGGGAGAGAGCAGUACUUAGGUGUGAUCGAAUCCCUCCCUUGCGGAGAACUCAAGCACGUCUUUCUGGCAAAGCAUAGUCAUGGCUGAUGGCUCACAGUUUGGUGAGGGAUGCCCGUGAGAUCCGGUUAGUUGCUGUACCUAUUCAGGAUACAGCAGUUACGCAUAUCUGAGAUCAUACUCAAGGUACCGUUGAACUUUUGAUUUUUCAAUAACUGAGAAGAUACUUAUUUGUCUUUUAUUUUUAUAUUUUUAUCAUGUAUUGAGCGCAUCUGGAGGCUGUUUCUGCAUUUAAUGACAAGAUCAUCAUCUUAGCACCUGUUUUAGGCCUUAGUGGCCCAGAAAUAUCUACACUCUCAUUAUUGUUUAAUAAAAUGUUGGACAUUAUUUCAUUUACGGCGGGAAAAAGAGGCAUGGUCAAAUGAGAAAAAAUGUGACAUUGAAAACAUGAAGGAUACCUUAUUUUCACUAUUUGAGAAGAAUAUACUUUAUUUUUAGUACUGUGGCAUAAUAUAUAACUUUUUAUAUUAACUAUACAUUAUGGAUGUAGUCUAGGUCAUAGUUUCAUGUAAAAAUGAUUGCUACAUGUAAGCCAUACCAUGAAGCAUGAUGUCAUGCCUUUCCCCUCCAUUUUUCAUUUGGAAUACAUUUCACAUGAUAGAAAACGUAAGAAUUUGUUGUGACUUGUAACUUUUGUUUAAAGCAUAAUUGUGCAGUAAUGUACUACAGAAGGAUUCAGUCAACCUAUCUUAAGAAAAAAAAGUGUCAUUGUGUCAGUUCUACCAUUCUAUUAAAUGUCCUUUAAGCAAAUGGUAAUAUGAAAUAAUAUAUUAAAAUGCAUUAUGUAUAAUGUACAUAUGCAUAUUGUCUAUGUACAAUAUACACACGGUGUAUAAUUAUUACAGUUUGUGAUUAUCAAGAAAGGAAAAGAAGGAAAAAAAAGUUUUCUCUGCUUGGGGAAGGAUGGGUACUACAUUGAGAAAAAUUACACAUGUGGAUC